AUGUCGGCCGCUGUGGCGUGCCUGGACUACUUCGCCGCCGAGUGCUUGGUGUCCAUGUCCGCGGGCGCCGUGGUUCACCGCCGCCCGCCGGACCCCGAGGGCGCGGGCGGAGCCGCAGGCUCGGAGGUGGGUGCGGCGCCGCCGGAGUCCGCUCUGCCGGGUCCGGGGCCACUGGGGCCCGCGUCGGUCCCUCCGCUCCCCCAGGUCCCCGCCCCCAGCCCCGGCGCGGGCGGCGCCGCGCCCCACCUGCUGGCUGCAAGCGUCUUGGCUGACUUGCGCGGCGGCUCUGGGGAGGGCUUCGGGGAGAACUCGGGGGAAGCUCCGCGCGCCUCGUCCGGAUCCUCCGACCCGACCCCGUGCUCUGGUCUGUCCCUGUGCUCAGAGCCGGUCCCGGCCUCCAGCGCGGCCGAGGUCUCCGUGUCCACGCACUCCUCUAGCGCGCUUGAGGUCCCACGUGCGCCUAUCGUCCCCGGAGCGCCUGCCGUCGCUGGUGCGGGCUCUGGCGGGGCCCCUGGCGCGGGGCCCGCCUCCGCCACGGGUCCAGUGCCCCGUCGGAGGCCCAUCACACCUGCCGCCAAGCGCCACCGCUGCCCCUACCCUGGCUGCAACAAAGCCUAUUACAAGUCGUCGCAUCUGAAGUCCCACCAGCGCACCCACACGGGUGAGCGCCCUUUCUCCUGCGACUGGCUCGACUGCGACAAGAAGUUUACGCGCUCCGACGAGCUGGCCCGCCACUACAGGACGCACACGGGCGAGAAGCGCUUCUCCUGCCCCCUCUGCCCCAAGCAGUUCUCCCGGAGCGACCACCUGACCAAGCACGCUCGCCGCCACCCAGCCUAUCAUCCCGACAUGAUCGAGUACCGGGGGCGCCGUCGCACUCCCCGCGUCGACUCGCAACCUGCCAGCCUGGUGGACAGCUCCGGCUCCGUCCCCGGCCAGGCGCCCAGCCUCACCACCUGCCUGUCUGAGAGUCAUUGCUGUUAGUCGUCCCCUCAAGGACGAUCCCCCUCGCGGUUGUCCCUGCCUUCUCUCUGCCCAUCCCUCUUUCCCAGAGUCAUUAGUCCAAGGCACAGACUGGUUUCUCCGCUCUGAGGGUGGGUCCAGGCAGACACGUUGGACCCUGGGGGAGGGACUGGGGGCCCGAAAAUAGCAAGAAUUCUUAGGACACGUAUAUCAUCCUAAAAGGGGGAGCUGCCUCGAGACAGCCCCCAGGAACUGGUGAGAAGGGAUGAACCCUGGUACUCUCCAGAGUCCUGAAGAUUCUCCCUUCCCUGGAACCAGAAAUGUGAAACUGGAAUUCUCAGGUGCCUGGGGAGCUCCCAGUCUCAAAAGACUCUGGUGUCUUACCCACCCAUCAGGGCGGACCUUGGAGAGGGUGUCAGGGGUGGCAGUCUUGGAAAUGUCCAGGACUAGGAUGGUGAGAGGCCUUUGGAAACAGAAAUGAUUUCUAUUUCUGUAAACAGCAAUGUU